AUAUGUCAUUUUGUACAUUUCUUCUUUACGACCACGCUUCUAAAGACCGUGUUUACGACUUUACAUUGUGUUUAAACGUGUUUCCCUGUGAUUAUGUUCAGAAAUACUACCAAACCACCUACAGGUUGUCAAGUUACAACUUAUAAUGCGUUAUCAUACUAUUAUGUAAUAAUUAUUGAGUGUUAUAAUUUAUAUUUAUAUAAUUAUAUCACACAAUUUGAAAUUUUGAAAUAAGGAUGAUUUGUAAACAGUUUUAGAUUUUAGGUAACGUCUUAAUACUUUGUAUUUUUAAUUUAUACCAUAAAAAUACCUAUUACAAUAUAAUAUUCUAAAUUGUCAAUAAGACUGUGUGUUCUAUAUUCAUAUACCUACCUAUCAAUAAUUUAAAUUUGUAAUUAGUUCAUUAUGCUAUUCAUGUUUUAAAUAAACUUAAGUACCUAACUAAAGUAUACAUUUUACUAUUAAUACAUUAUAAUUCAUAACGUUUAUCAGAGUAUAAUGUUUAGGUAAUAUUAUUAAUUAUGUGUUGAUAAGACAACAAGCAUUGAGAAGAAUAUUUAUUUACAAGAAAAAUGUUUACUUGUUCAAUUUGUGAUGAGACAUUUGCUGGAAUUCACCUCAACUCUACUUAUACAACACAGUGUGGCCAUGUCUUUCAUCAUCAAUGUCUUAUGAAAUGGUUAGCAAGAUCAAAAACUUGCCCGCAUUGUCGUUCAUCAGUAUUAGAAAAUAAUCUGGUUAAAUUAUUUUUGCAAGUUGAUCCUAAUGCUCGAGAAACAUGGAAUAAAAAAACUGAUGAAGAAAUAAAUACACUAAAGGAGCAUUUAAGAAGAAUAAAAGAGAAAGAAACCCGUAAUACUAACUCAAUCUAUUGUCUUGAAACUCAACUAAAACAUACAAAGAGUGCUUUAGACAUUAGCAAUAGAUCUGUUUAUUUAUUUAAAAAAGAAGCUGCAAAUCAAAAACAGAAUAAUUCUGCAAUUUCUGCUGAACUAAAAUUAAUGACAGUACAAUACAAUGAAUCGGAAAUUGAUAGAAAGAAAUUUCAAGCCGGGUAUUCACUCCUGCAAUCAAAAAUUAAAUCUCUGAACCACGAACUUUACGAUUUACAAUCUUCAAACUCAUCUAUUAUUGAUGAAUUAAAAUUUGAAAUAGCUGAUUUAAAAUCAGAAAAAGCGUACUUUCAAAGCAGAUGUUAUAAUAUAGAGAAUAUAAAUAUUGAACAACCAAGUACAUCUAAGAUGAGUAUUGAAAACAGAAAUGCAAUAUCACUUCAAAAUCAAACUAAAAGUGAAUAUUAUGGAAAUGAUCCUCAGUUACACAUAUCUACCAAGCAAUUUCUAUUGGGAUGUGUAUUUUUAUUUGUCGAGGGCCAAAUUCAGCAGGAAGUUAAUCAUUUAUGCAAAAACACUACGCCCAAGGAUAAUAUUAUUAAAUAUGGUGGAUUAGUUGAGCAGUUUUAUUCUGUUCGUAUUACCCAUGUAAUUUGUGUCACCCAAAAACAUCCUAUAGUUGAACAAGGUAUAAAAGAUGGUAAAAGAUGCGUGACUGAUUACUGGCUCAGCGAUAUAAUUUCUAAAAAAAGUAUGAUACCACCUUGGCUAGCUAUUCAUUUUCCCAUACCAUAUAGAAUAGACAAUUUGCCAUGUCAAAGUUUUCAAAUUUCAAUUGUUAAUUUUGGUAUAAACGAAGGUCAUAUAAUUAAAGCAAUGAUUGAACUAGUCGGCGGUAGUCAUGUUAUUAAAGAAGUUACUUCCAGAACUGAUGUUGUAAUUAGCCUGAAACUAGAAGGUGAACUUGUAGAAAAAGCUUUAGCAAUUAAUAAACCAGUGGUGAAUGUCCAGUGGCUAAAUGAUAUUCUUUUUGGAGCAAAACUUGGUAUAAAAGAACCCGGAAAUUUAAAAUAUCAACAAUUUGAUUUAUAUAAUCCAUUUUUAGUGAAUUAUGACAUGGUCUCACAUUUAAUGGAGGCCUGGAAAACUCCUUUGUCUAUCAAUAAAAAUCAACAAGUAUAUGAUUUGACUUUAAAUCCAGAUAGUCCUACAAAAUGUAAAAGACAAAAAACAACAUCUGAAUGCCAAAACAUGACAAAUUUAAUUAAUGAUGACAUUGAUGACAAUGAUGUUAUAAUUACUUAUAUAAAAAGUUUACCAUUAAAACCAUCUGUUAUGUUUUGUGGUUUUACAACGGACGAUAAAGAAAUACUUAAAAUGAUAGUACUUUUAUUUGGCGGUACAGUGGCCAGUCACUGUUUUGAAGCAACUCAUUUAGUCAUGAACAAGCCUAUACCAUCGAUAGAAUUUUUUGGCUGUCUUUCCACUGUUAAAUAUAUUCUCAAUGAAAAUUGGUUAAAAGAUUCACAUUCCAGUUUAAAACUUCAAGAUGAGAAAAAAUAUUGUAUAGAACAUGUACAAGAUAAAUUUUUGGGGUCAUGUUAUAUACCGGCAAUUCUUGAAAACAAGAACCGUCGUUUACUAUUUAAAGACUUAUCAUUCUUUAUUACUCCUGGAAUUAUAUAUCCACCCUCUCUUUACUUGGACCAAAUCAUUUCUUCUGCUGGUGGUACAAUUGAAAGAACAAGAAGAUCUUUGGAGUCGAUCCGAGGUUUGGCACCCAAUUCCUAUUUUAUAAUCUCGUGUCAAGAAGAUCACUAUUUGUACAACGACUUAUUGGAUAUUGAUAAUGUUGUUUAUUUACCGGAAUUUAUAACAUGUUCAGUCCUGGCGCAAAAAGUCCAACUACAAAAGUUUUUACUGAAUGUACCUGCUCAAAACUAAUUAUAAUAUUUUGAUUGUGUAUACUUAAUAUUUGUGUAAUAAACAUUUUUUUAAAUCCAUUAAAGUUGAGAAUAUUUGAGAAUAAUACAUAUUUUGUUCUAGUCUGUAUUGUUAUUUUAUCUUAAAACUACACAAAUAUGUGCCAUAAUCACAAUAUAAUUGUACAGUAAGGCUGCCACAGUAAUUAUAACUUAUAAGUUAUAAUAUUGUAAUGAACAUUGAUAAAUGAUUGACUCUUGACUUGAAUGUGGUGUGCAUAGAUUUAUAAUAAACUAGCUGAUCCCGUGCACUUUGAAUGUACCAACUCUA